AUGGGUGCAGCUGAUCAGCUCCAAGAAGAUCCCCCGGUGGGAAUUCCUGGGAGUGAGGGUGUUCAGGUUUUUAAACUAAAACUUCUAACACUGGUUUUAAUGUUAAAAAAUGCCUUUUUUUUCCAAGCUGGAGUUGGAGUUUCAGCCAAUACUUUUCUCCUUUUCUUCCUCAUUUUCAGAAUUUUUACGGAUUGCUGGCUUAAGCCCACUGACCUGAUCACCUGUCACUUGGCCUUCAUUCACUUGGUGAUGCUUCUGUGUGCAGUGCACUUUUUGUCCUCAGAUCUGUUUGAGUCACUGAAUUUUCAGAAUGACUUUAAAUGUAAGGCUUUGUUCUACCUGACUAGGGUGAUGAGGGGCCUCUCCAUCUGUAACACCUGCCUCCUGAGCAUGUUACAGGCAAUCACCAUCAGCCCCAGUACCUCCUGGUUGGCAAGAUUUAAACACAAAUUUGCAAAUUACAUUGUCCAUGUUUUAUUCUUUUAUUGGUCCCUCAAUUUGUCUUCUAGCAGUAUCCUAAUCUUACAUACAGUAGCUUUGUCCAACAUGACACAGACCAAUCUACUCAAAGUAGGUAAAUACUGCUCACUUUCUCCAAUGAAUUCCAUCAUCAGGGGACUAGUCUUUAUUCUCAGCUUAUCCCAGAGUGUCUUCUUUGUGGGAAUGAUGCUGCUCUCAAGUACAUACAUGGUCAUUCUCUUGUUAAAGCAUCAGAAGCGAUCCCAGCACCUUCACAGCACCAACCUCUCCCUAAGAGCAUUUGCAGAGAAAAGGGCCACCCAGACCAUCCUGCUGCUGGUGAGUUGUUUUGUGUUCAUGUACUUGGUGGACAUUAUGAUUUCAUCCUCCUUAACAAUGUUGUGGGCUUACAACCCAAUCAUCCUAGAUAUCCAGAAUAUUGUGGCCAAUCUCUACGCUACUGUCUGUCCUUUGAUACAAAUCAGUUCUGACAAAAGAAUAAUCUAUUUCCUAAAAAAAUAUACCACCAAAAUUCCAUCCAUGUUAAUCAGAGUGUAA